AUCCCUAAAUUCUAAAUCCCCGGCCCAAGAAGGAAACAUCAAAAGAUUCUUCUAUGCUUUGUCAAACGUCUUCCCCGUGAGUACUCUCUCAUACGUGUGUCUGCAACACCCCCAUCCCACUCCCCACCCCUCUCCCCACCCCACCCCUCCGCUCAUCAUAUAAACACAACACACACACAGAGACACAAAAAAGUGAAAAAGCGCGCGUGUGUGAGAGAGAAAACAACCACAAACAAACAACAUCAACAACAAAAUAAUGACGUGGGAAGCUGGUGGAUCAACAACAUCUACCGGCGCCGGAGGAAAUGGAGUAGCCGGAGUUCUACCGGAAAGUACAGGGAGGAGGAAACCGUCGUGGAGAGAAAGAGAGAAUAAUAGGAGAAGAGAAAGAAGGAGAAGAGCUGUAGCUGCAAAGAUUUAUAGUGGUUUAAGAGCUCAAGGGAACUAUAACUUACCUAAACAUUGUGAUAAUAAUGAAGUUCUUAAAGCUCUUUGUGUCGAAGCUGGUUGGAUUGUUGAGUCUGAUGGCACUACUUAUCGUAAGGGAUGCAAGCCAACCCCAAUGGAGAUUGGAGGCACUUCCGCAAACAUCACGCCAAGUUCUUCACGUCAUGCAAGCCCCCCAUCAUCAUACUUUGCUAGCCCGAUUCCAUCUUAUCAGCCGAGUCCAACCUCCUCUUCUUUCCCCAGUCUAUCCCUUGCUGAUGCUAACAUGUCAUCACACCCAUAUGCUUUUCUCCAUAAUGUCAUUCCUUCAUCCCUUCCUCCAUUACGAGUAUCAAAUAGUGCCCCUGUAACACCACCUCUUUCAUCACCAACUAGGCAUCCUAAGCCAACAUUCAAUUUAGAAACUUUGGCCAAAGAAUCAAUGUUCGCUUUAAAUAUCCCUUUCUUUGCUGCUUCAGCCCCAGCUAGCCCAACUCGGGGUCAGCGUUUUACUCCUCCCACCAUACCAGAGUGUGAUGAAUCUGACUCAUCUACAAUUGAUUCAGGCCAGUGGAUCAACUUUCAAAAGUAUGCUACCAAUGUUCCAGCUUCUCCAACUUUUAAUCUUGUAAAACCCGUGCCUCAGCCACUUCGUCCUAAUGAUAUGAUCACGGACAAGGGUAAGAGCAUAGACUUCGACUUUGAAAAUGUAUCAGUCAAGGCAUGGGAAGGGGAAAGGAUCCACGAUGUAGGAUUCGAAGAUCUGGAACUCACGCUUGGAAGUGGCAGUGCUCGAAUGUGAUUACUAUGAUUGAGAUUGUCUGAGUGAGUUAGCUGAUGAAGCACUUUGCAUUCCAGUGGAUUGUUCGAGCUCCAUCAUAUUGCACAAACGUUAGGAUGGAUUGGAUUUCCUCUAUUGCUAUUUACCUUAUGUACAACAUUCUUUUUCUUCCCCCCCCCCCCCCCCCCUUAUCUGAGAAGGCCCCUUCACAAUUUAUACAUGUAUUUUCACAAGCAUUUCGUGUAGAUAUGUGCUUGUUUCUGUGGUCGAGAAUCAUUUUCUGCACUGUAGUUUGUAGACAUUUUUUCGUCUAUUAGAACUCGUUUUUUGGUUGGA